UAACACUCUUUCUUUUUUUCUUCGCUACAAAAAUCCACUCUUUUUCCCCUUUGUUCUUUUCCUACAGGAAAAUCCAACUUGGAGAAGAAAUCUCAAAAGAAAAAAUUCAAGGAGAGAGAAUCUGGUACCUUCCCUUUUCCUUUCAAAUCAUCCUAUGGAUUACCCACCUUUUGAAUUCUCUCUCCUACUUUUUGAUUUGGUUUAAUUUCAAUUUAUGACACUAUUUUCAAUCUCUUCUUCUCUAAAAAAAAAAAAAUUAGGGUUUUUCGUUUCUCCCCUUUUCUGGAAAAAUGGAUGAUUGGGACUGGGAAUUGCUUCACGAUUCUCAAGAAACAGAGGUGGAAACUGAUGUGAAAAUUGAAGAAAAACCCAGAAAUUUAGCUUCUUCUUCAGAUGAUGAUACUGGUGUAAUUCGUUCUGAUUACUUUUCCCUCGAUUCGCAUCAUAAGUAUGUUGAGGAAGAGGAAGAUUCAUCGGAUAAUCCGAGUUGGAUUGAUCCAAGUGGUACCAGUUUGGCUGGUAGAGGAGAGAGAAUAAGUAGUAAUAGUAGUACCAAUUCUGAUUCCACUGAUCCUUCUGAUUCCCGUAAUCUCCUUUUAUUGAUUGAUCCUCAUUCCGAUUGCGCUGUUGAUUAUUCCGGUGCAAAUGGAAGUGGGAAUGGGGUUGAGAUUGAUGACACAACAUUCAAUACCCAAGAAGAGGGAGGAGAGGAACAUGUAGAGGAUGGGAGUGUAGUUGAUCAUCAGCAAUUGAAUUCGAAUUCGAAUUCGCAUUCGAGUGGAAGUGUGGUGGAGGAAGGGGAGGAGAACGGAAGUGGGACGUUUUCGGAGUCGAAUGAGGAGAAGAAGGUAGUGUGGUGGAGGGUGCCUUUGGAAGUAUUGAGGUAUUGUGUGUUGAGGGUGAGUCCUGUUUGGUCUUUAUCAAUGGCAGCUGCGGCGGUUAUGGGUUUCGUGCUUUUACGACGCCGGUAUCUGUAUAAGAUGAAGCGUAAGACUCUUGGAUUGCAACUUAAGGUCAUUGUUGAUGAUAAGAAGGUAUCUCAGUUCAUGAGUCGUGCUGCACGGCUUAAUGAGGCAUUUUCGGUGGUGAAGCGGGUACCAAUUAUACGGCCUUCAUUGCCAGCUCCUGGACUGACUCCAUGGCCGGUGGUAAGCAUGAGAUAGGCCAGACAUCCUGAUGAAAGGGGAGCUUUUAUUUUGCCUCUGAGGUCAGAGAUAUUGUAUGCUUAGUGCUGUGGCUUGGUUCUGUACUCACUACGUGUAGUCUUUGUUUCCUUGUUUCUUGAACUAAAAGAUUUGUGUUGUAUUCCUCUAGUACUGGGUUUAGAUUUUCAAACUUUUACUGUUUUAAGGUGGUUGUACUGGCCUAUAGAUAUUCCUCUUUGUACCAAAAAAAAUGUUUGGCUUGUUUUGUAAAUUCACUGGAAGAUAUACUCCCCCAUCGAUAGCGUUGAUCAUUAUAUAUAAGGCGUGAAUCUUGUGAAUA